AUGGAUCCGAGCAAGAUGGAGAAGCUGCGCAAGCGCUACCCCGACCACGUGCCUGUGAUUUGUGUGAACACGAAGGAUUCCUUCGAGCAGCAGAAGCUCAUUGUCCCCAACAAUACGACAGGUGCUGCGUUCAUUGGCACUGCCCGCGAGAAGUGCAAGUGGGCCACGCCAGCUAGCAAAGUCUCUCUGUGCAAAGGCUCCAAGACCGUGGUAGAGGUGCCAAUGGCGAAGACUCUGGAGGAGCUCGACAAGGAGGCGACAGAAGGGGUGAUCUACUUCAAGGUUGAAUCUCUGCGACCUGCGGCUGAGGAGCGGAAGGAGGCGGAAAUCCCCAAUGUCCAGCAGUUCAAGAUGGAUGGAGCUGCUCCCAAGGAGCAAAAGGCCAAAGCCACAACAUCUGCUGGCAAGGACGACUCCGACCCAAGCGAAAAGGCCAGGCGAAUUCGGAAGAAGCAUCCAGACCGUGUUCCUGUGCUCAUUAACCAGGCUGAGGGGCCAGGACUGCCGGCCCUGGACAAGAAGCUCCUGAUUCCGAAGACCAUGACCUGCGCCGACCUCCGCAAGAUUUUGCCAAGGCACAUUGGCUGCCAGCAUUUGGAUGUGGACUGGCAAAAGGUGAUCUUUGAGAUGGCCGGGGAGCCGGUCGAGGAGCAUGAGAAAGUGUCGGACGUGUACGAACGUCGUGUCCCACCUGAUGAUGAGGGAAUGAUGCUAUUCUUGGAGCUGCCGACUGAGAGCAUCAGGGAGCUGGUCUCCAGCUCUACAAGAGUCAGCGAGGAGACAGAGCUGCAGGACACCGUCGAGGAGACGCCAGCCGUCCACGCAGCUAGCUUCUCACCUCCUUCACUGGAGGAGGUGAUGGACUUGGAACGCCAGCUUACUGCAAGCAAGCGUGCCUUCGAGGAGGCAAAGAAGGCGCAGAAGCUUGCCACAGCCAGGCUGGCCGAGCAGGAGGAGAGGGCCUGGGCAGCCGAAGAGAAAGCUCUCAAAGCUGACCGGGAGCUGACGGUGCGCAGUCAGGCGCACAGAAACAAGGAAGAGGCUCUGCAAAGCCAGAUUACGGAGGCCCAAGAGGCCCAGAAGACUUUGCAGACGCGGGUGAUGAGCAGCAGAGAGGAGAUCGAGGCUCUUCGACUGCACAUCGACUGGCUGGAGGAGACGGCCCAAACGGCAAAGCAUAACGCCGAACAGGAUGCCGACACGAUCGUGGAGCUUGAGAACCAGCUCAAGGAAGCUCAGGCGGCUCUGGCUGUGGAAGCCAAGAAGAACCACGCAUCGCAGGAAAAAAUCAGCCAGAUGAGGAACAAGCUGGAGGAAGCGGCUCAGCUUGAAGUCCUGGCAGUCGAGAAGACAGACUUGAUCUCCCAGCAGAGGAAGGAUGCAGAGGACACUGUGCGCACGCUUGAGGAGUCUCUCCGCAAGAUGUCAUCAAGACUUGAAGAGGUGGAACAGGAGAAAGCCGAUCUGCUGAGGGAUGCGGAGAAGAAGGACAAGACGGAUGAGGCCGUCAAGAAGCUGAAGGACACCGUGAUCAUCCUCAGGAACUCCCUGAGCUCCAAAGAGGAAGAGAUCACAACCAAGGGCGCGCAGGUCGUGGAAACCAUGGCAUGCCUGAAGGCCGUGGAACAAGAAAACAGGCGCCUCCAGGCAGAAUUGGAGGCCGCCGCGACUGAAAAGAUCAAGCUUCAGCAAGCAAGCAUGUCUGCUCGAGAGGAGGUUGAGAUGCUGAAGGCUGAGAUGCAGAAGAAGGACGCAGAAGAGGACUUCAUCAAGCUUGGCUGGAACAGCGAAGGGGAGGUGGAAGAGGUGACAGAGGACUUUGGCUUCCAAAAGGUGGACAGUGCUUGUUGA